AUGUACCAAACACGCAAAAGGCCUUCGUGCCUCUCGGUACCUUUCCCUCCCGCACCUACCAAUCUCCAACUAACUUGGCCAGAAAACAACCCGGAGGUGAUGUCACACCUGGUGCACCAACUCGGCCUACCCUCCAGCAUAGGCUUCACAGAUGUAUUCUCAAUCGACGAGCCUGAGCUCCUGGCCUUUGUCCCACGACCCUCUCACGCCCUCCUGCUCGUCUUCCCCGUCUCCAAAACAUACGAAGAGUCUCGCGAAACCGAAGAUGCCACCAAAGAUGCCUACAAGGGCUCCGGUCCCAAUGAGCCUGUCAUGUGGUUCAAGCAAACCAUCCGCAAUGCAUGUGGUCUGAUUGGACUCUUGCACACAGUGUCCAACGGCGAGGCACGUCAACACAUUCUCCCAGGCUCGGAUCUGGAUACCUUACUCAAGGAAGCCGAGGGCCUGGAACCAAUCAAGCGGGCAGAUCUACUAUAUGACAGCAAGGCACUUGAGAGUGCGCAUGCCGAUGCGGCGAAGCUGGGGGAUACUGCUGCGCCGCAAGCCGAGGAUAGUGUUGAUUUGCACUUCGUGGCCUUUGUCCGUGGUGUGGAUGGGACGCUGUGGGAAUUGGAUGGUCGACGCAAGGGACCACUAGCUAGAGGCAUGUUGAACGAGGGAGAAGAUGCUCUGAGUGAGGCUGCGCUUGAUCUUGGUGUGCGGAGAUUCUUGAAGCUCGAGGCGCAGGGCGGAAACCCGGACUUGCGAUUCAGCCUGGUUAGCCUCGGUCCUCUGUUUGACUAG